CUCGACGAAUCAAAUCCAGCCAACUGCUUGGGCCAUGCUUGUCGCCGAUGCCGUCCCCGCUGGUGCCACCUCUGGCGCCACACGGCCUGGGCGCUGUGCCGUCGCCACACGGGAGCUGCAUGGCCUGGCGCUCCCUCGGCUCUUGGAACACCUGGCACCCGACGAGGCCGCUGGUCGGAGCUCCUUCUCUUCCGAGAGCAGUUCUUGGGCUGCCAGGGCCACAACUGCUGCGAUCUUUCAGGCGCUGAGCAUCGCCUGGGCGUUGGCACUGCGCUUUUCCGGCUCAGGUCAUUUGCCGCAGCUACUGCAGAUGGCCCAAACCACCGAGCUUGCACCCACGAAGGCCACACAAGUGCAGCAGAUCGUUUUAUCUUUGGAGUCCGCGCCUGACAUGGGACGGGGAGGGAAGUCCACUGGUUGCCGCUGCGGCGCUCGGAGCACAUGAGCCCGGAGGAGCGCGAUGAACUCAGCAGCAGCCUCCUGGGCAAAAA